UACUUCCUUUCCAACUCUAAAGCUUAUUUGUUUUCUCAGAUCCGAGCUAAUGGCAAAAGCGGCGAGCAUGGUGGUGAUGAUGUCCAUGGUGGUGGCGGCGGCGAUGAUGGGUGGACUGCAUGCACAGUCCAUGACGUGCAGCACCGUGGCAACUGAUUUGUACCCGUGCCUGAACUACGUGAAGAACGGCGGUGCGGUUCCGAUGAGCUGCUGCGACGGGAUCAAAUCACUCUACAGAGGCGCCGUCACCACCGCCGACCGCCAGACCGUUUGCAAAUGCUUGAAGAACGUCACCGGCUCCAUCACCGGCUUGAAACUCGACCUGGCCGCCGGCCUCCCCCAAAAAUGUGGCGUUUCCAUUCCCUACAACAUCUCCCCCUCCAUUAACUGCGCAACGGUGCACUAAGCAUGAGAAGACGAUAAAUGCUGCAUCAUGGAGUUAAAAUAAGAAGAAAAACGAAGAUUAUUAUUCAGCUAUGGCGUACAGACUCUUGAGUGCAGCUCUUGUUAUAUAUAUAUAUUGUCGUCCGCGCCGUCGUAUUUAGGAUUUCCGGCCGGUGGCGUCUAGGUUUCUGUUUGUGUUUCUUUUUCUGUCGUACUGUCUGCUAGUGUACUCAAUACAUGGUUUCUAGAAAUAUGAUCGAGCUCAGAGGCGGAGCCAGAAAACUCGAUUUGGGGGGCUAAUGUAGUAGAAAAAAUUUACCGUGUUAGUCGACAUUAUAAUUAACCGUACUAUAUUAUUAUAUAUACCAUACAUUAUUCUAAUUAUUAUUGAUAAUGAUUUCUAAUUA